GAAUUUUGUUGAUUUGUAGUGUUUGCGCGCAGUUAGGACUUUUAUUUUAAAAGCUGAGAGUGUGUUGUGUCGUCUUCAGCUUCAGUCCAUAGUCUGUGUUUUCACGGUCUUGUUUCUUUCUUUUCUUUUUUUUUUUAAAGGCCUUCGGCUUUGUUUUACAGCUUUGCACAAUGGUUUGUGAGAAAUGUGAGAAGAAACUUGGCCGAGUUAUCACUCCUGAUACCUGGAAAGAUGGUGCAAGAAAUACGACAGAGAGUGGCGGACGGAAGAUCAACGAAAAUAAAAUGUUGACCUCAAAAAAGGCCAGGUUCGACCCCUAUGGGAAGGCAGGGUUUUCCACGUGCAGAAUAUGCAAAAGCUCUGUCCACCAGUUUGGGUCACACUACUGUCAGGGAUGUGCUUACAAAAAAGGGAUCUGUGCUAUGUGUGGCAAGAAGGUUCUGGACACCAAGAACUACAAACAGACCUCAGUGUGACUGACACAUUUGGAUAUAUCAAAUCUUUUAGAGAGUUUAGAGAGGGUUGUGUAGAAAAACUCCUCUUUAUACCAGACAGUUGAUUUAGUGGCCUAUCAGUUUCUGGUGGUGUUCGUGUUAUUGUUCAGCCCAGUAGUGCAGUUUUAUAUAACUGUACCAAAGCUGGAUAUAUGUUGUUGAUGUUUUUUCCUCAAUAGAUUACUUUAAAGCAAUAUAGCAACUUGCACUGUUUGG